ACUUGAAACUAGGGAGAGAGCAAGCGAGUAACAAGGAUGGCGUCGGCGAAAGGUGUAGGGAGUAGUUCAGUGGUGAGAGUCGCGGAGAUGGAGAAGAUGAGUUUAGAGCAACUAAAAGCCUUUAAAGAGCAAUCGGAUCUCGAAGUCAAUUUGUUACAAGAAAGUCUCAACAACAUUCGCACAGCAACCGGCCGCCUCGAGAUUGCCUCCUCCGCCCUUUACGAUCUCUCCCUCCGUCCCCAAGGGAAGAAAAUGUUAGUGCCUCUCACUGCAUCGCUUUAUGUUCCUGGAAAGCUCGAUGAUGCCGAUAAAGUACUUGUCGAUAUCGGCACUGGCUACUUUGUUGAGAAAACAAUGGCUGAGGGCAAAGAUUAUUGCGAGCGCAAGAUCAACUUGCUCAAAUCUAAUUUUGAUCAACUCAUUGAGCUUGCAUCCAAAAAGAAGACAGUGGCAGAUGAAGCUGGGGCAGUCUUACAGGCUAAGUUGAAGCAGAUGGUCCCUGCAACAUAGUGAUUCUGGGAUCUUGCAACGUUCAAUUAAGAUCUUGAAUUUCUGGAACAUUAGAAAAGUUAAAAAGAAAGAGGAUAUUUUACACUUUUUCUUUUUCAUGAGAAGUUGGGAGCAUGCCACUGUUAAGAACCACCAAGCUUUAAUCCCUAAUUGGUUGAGGUGGGAACUAAGCUACUCUUUAUUUUACUGAAAGUAUAUAUUGAGCGAAACUUUUUUGGAGAAA